AUGUCUUAUUAUCUUCCCUCAUUUUCUGCGCCUCCGUCGAGGCCUGGGUCACUCGCAGCUUCCAGGGCUAAUUCCACCUAUGCGGGUGCCCGCAGCAGGCCCAACAGCAGGCCUGUCACGCCUCGGGCAGUCUCUACUGCUCCGACAACGCCUGCAAUUCUUUCAAGGGCGAACAGCAAGACGAGCGAGGAAGACUAUACUCCUGAAGAGAACUCUGAGAUUAUACGGAAUGAGAAGGGGGAACCAAUGAUUGGUAGGAUCGUCGGAGGGAAAUAUGUCGACCCUGAAAACGAAGACAUCGAUGCAGAUUGUGGUCCUAUCAAACAUGUGGACAUCGAUAUACCACUCACACUCACAGAAAUGGUCAAGCACAAUGACAAAGAGUACAUUGUCCUUGCCUUCGCCACGGACGAUAAGGAAAACCCUUUCAACUGGAACCCGUGGUACAAGAGAAGCAUCACGACGAUACUCAACCUGAUGACACUAUUCAUCGGUCUGGCUACAACAGCGUACAGCUCCGGUAUCGACAGCAUGGUUGCAGAUCUGGGCGCGUCCAACGAGGAAGGACAACUUGGCUUGUUCACUUUCAACAUUGCCUGUGCUAUCGCGCCCAUGAUCCUGGCCCCGUUCUGCGAGCUUGUGGGAAGGAAAAUUGUCUACGCUGGUGCAUUUUUCUGCUUCACGGUUCUAUUCAUUGGACUGGCCCUUGCGCAGAACAUCGGUACCAUUAUCGGUCUCCGAUUACUCCUUGGACUUUUUGGGUGUGUCGGUACCAUCCUUGUAGGCGGUACGUUCGAUGACAUGUAUGAGCCGCACAAGCGUGGCCUUCCUAUGGCCAUGUUCAGCUUCGUCGCUAUUUUUGGCACUGUUGCCGCCCCAAUCUACGCUGGUUUUAUUGAUCAGUCUCUCGGCUGGAGGUGGAUUGAGGGUAUUCAGGGCAUUGCAAAUGUUCCCCUCUUGAUCCUCAUCGUCUUCUUCUUUCCCGAAACCCGUGGUGGCGCCCGUCUCCACAAGCGGGCCAAGGCACUUCGCAAGGCGACUGGCGACGAUCGCUAUGUUGCGGAAGAUGACAUCUACACUCCUGACAUCAAGUCUAUGCUGAAAGCUUCCUCCGUCAAGGCUGUUCGAAUGCUGGCCACCGAGCCCGUCGUGUUCGCAUUCGGUCUGUGGAUUGCGUUCUGCUGGUUCGUUGUCUUUUUGUUUCUGUCGGUCAUCCCGAUUACUUUCAACGAGAAACGCGGUUGGUCUGAGGGUGUGAGUGGCUUGCCUUACAUAUCACUCGCUGUCGGGACUACGUUGGGAUGGAUGGCACAUCAUUUGCAGAUGUGGAAGUAUAACAAGCUCCAGGAGGAUCCUAACGUCAAGGUCCUUCCAGAGCACCGUUUGUAUGGCGCCAUGUGUGGCGCUGUCUUCCUCCCCAUCGGACUCUUCAUCUACUCUUUCACCCAGUAUGCUUUCUUGUCAUGGGUUGGCCCUGUCAUCGGUCUCGCACCUAUCGCAUUCGGCAUCUACUUCGUUUUCGAGAGUACGUACAGCUACACAGCAGACUGUUACGGAGACAGUGCCUCGUCUGCGAUUGCUGGACAGGGUCUGAUGCGGAACACGUUGGGGGCGGUAUCACCUCUCUUUGCCAGUGCAUUUUUCCACAAUCUCGGGAGUCAAUACGCUGGUCUGCUUUUGGCCCUGCUCGGCACUCUACUGAGUCUGAUUCCGUUUGUUAUGUUCAAGUUUGGAUACAAACUCAGAGCUCGUAGCAAGCUUGCUAAAGAAUAUUAA